CGUUUAAUACCUCCUAUCCUAACUAAAGCUUUUGCUAGCGGACGCCGGCAAGAAUCGCAGCUUGCCACGAACAGUUGCUAGUUGCCGGUUGGCGCGGAAGUUUCAAAAAUCACGCCGGUGCCUACUGCUUCGCUUUACGAAUAAGUAAAUUAAGUAUUUAGCCGAAUUGUGUCCGUAAUUUUAUGUGUUGCACAAAAGUUGUGCCAAAUAAUAUUUUGACUCUCAUAAAGCCAGUGACAUAAUUUAAAAUUGUUUAAGACUCAAUUUGUGUCGUAAUACAACCACGGUGGUACCACAUUCUUUUUCAAGAAAAUUAAUCGAAAGGCAAGACGUAAAUGUAAUAUAAUAAUAGUGGAUGUCAUUGUCCAUGUUAUUAGAGCAGUUGGACGACUAGGCAACAUUGACAAAUAGCCAGAGAUAAUUUUAGUAAGGCUAUCGACUUCCCUUGAACUCCCGUCAAAUGAACCAAAAAAUGUAAUGCAGAAUAUUAAAACUUAAAUUGGCCGUAAAAUUUUCAUGAAGAUUAUAUAAAGCGAGACGAAGCAAGAUGAGGGUCGUAUCGGCUAUUUUAAUCGUUACAAUAAACGCUGUUACAAUUUUAGGAGCAGCUUAUCAAACGAACGAUGUAUCGAGUAAUUCAAUAGCAAGUUUAAAUAACACAAAAAAUGACAAGUGCAGUCAAAUGUAUGUCUGCCCUCCCAAUUUUCUUAGGAUAAACCAAAACUGCUACUACUUCAGCACUGAGGCAGUUCCUUGGCGAACAGCCUUCGAUGACUGUAUCAAAUUAAAAGGGACCCUUGCGAUGAUAAGAAACAUAAACCAGGAUAACAAUAUCAAAGGAUUGUUGAAAAGGGUGCCUCUAGCUAAAGACGAAAGAUGGAUAGGAGGUUUAUACGACUGGACCAAAAUGAACUGGAAAUGGGGUAAAAACGCAAAGGAAAUCAAGUAUUUAGGUUUCGAUGCGUCUGUAUCGCAAGAGAAAGAUCAGCUUCAGUGGAAAUGUAUCACACUGGAUCCAAUACUUGAUUACAGGUGGAACGCCCGAUCUUGCUUUGAAAACAAACAUUACAUUUGUCAAACAAGGAUAGCGAAGAUACCGAAGUCAGAAAGGAAGAAGUUCAUAAAGAAAUUCAACGCAAAUAAAAAUAACAAAAUGAAUGAAGUAUUGGCUCCCAAUCUAACCGAAGAUUUUCCAGAGGAACUGAAAACAAGCAGGAGAUACAAUUCCAAUCUCCAAGAUACUGCAUUCGCCAGACGAAAUGAAACUGUAGUCGACAGGCGUAGAGGAAAGAAGAAUGGAGGCAAAAAGAAACGAAAAAAUAAAAGAAAUCUUCGAUGUCCAGUCUACUAUAAUGGAACGAGAUACGAAAUGCCAGUAACAAAGUUCGGCAGAAAGAAAAGAAAAAACAUAAAGUCAAUUGAAAGCAAUAGCGCUUCUGCAGAAAACUUAAAAUCCGUUAUUUAUUACGAGAAGUUACCGAACGGACAGUCGGAACCCAGAGUUCUUACGGAAGAACUUUUUAUCAGUUAAAUGAGUGCUUGUGAUUAUCAUUUAUUGUUUUUAUACAUACAUAGACAGUUCGUUCCGAACAAGGACCUUUGUCAACAUUAACCAUGUGUGAUUCGUAUUAACAGUUCAUUUAAGUUAUUUCAUAGUUUUUAUAAGCUUAUCCCUUUCAUAAAAUCAUUAAAGUAUUAUUUAAUUAUAUUUUUAGUGUUUAUUUAUUGAUCAGACAUUAAAUACCAAAUGCUCCAAAAACUUUAUUAAAACCUCUAGUCACAAAAGUGAGAGAGGCUUAAAAUUAUUAAUUAUUAUAGGUUGUACAAAUUUUAAAUUUAAAGGUUUUAUUAACAAAAUAGUUAUAGACAUUUACAUGCUUUAGGAUACUUGGAUCAUUAUUUUUAGCCUCAAUAAGUAUUUGGUUUUACCUGAUCAAAAAUAGAUUAUUUAUUUAAGAGAGUGCUGUAAGAACAUGAUAAAUAUUUUAUAU